AUGGAGGAUACACGAGAUGAUGCUGGGCCAGCAGAGCAAGGGCCUUCAAAUGCUUCAUGGUGGCCAUCAGAUUUUAUUGAAAGAUUUGGGUCUGCUUCUUUGGGCUCUCAAGAAGAGACCUUGAGUAACACUGAUUCUCCUAGAAGCUUGGAUCAAGAUGUGUUUUCACCUCAGAAAGCAUCACAAGUUCUAUGGCAAACAGGAAUGCUUUUCGAACCAAUUCCCAAUGGUUUCUACUCUGUCAUUCCGGAGAAAAGGCUCAAGGAGAGUUUUGAUGAUAUUCCUACUCUUGAUGAGCUUCAUGCUUUGGAGGCAGAGGGUUUAAAAGGUGAUAUCAUUCUUGUAGAUACUGCAAAAGACAAAAAGUUGUCCAUGCUGAAGCAACUGAUUUCGGCACUAGUGAAAGGAUUGAACUCGAAUCCACAUGCAAUGAUAAAAAAGAUCGCUGGAUUGGUGUCCGAUGUUUAUAAACGGCCAAACUCAGAAAGUCCAGCAAAAGCUGCACUGGAAGAAACCUCCCACAUGUUUGAUAAUAGAGGAGUUCAGCUACUGGGGCAAAUACGGAAUGGUUCAUGCCGUCCUCGAGCGAUCUUGUUCAAAGUUCUAGCAGAUACUGUAGGACUUGAAAGUAGGUUAAUGGUGGGUUUGCCUAAUGAUGGGACUAUUGAGUGUGCGGACUCAUAUAAGCAUUUGUCAGUGAUAGUUGUCUUGAACUCCGUUGAACUGUUGGUCGACCUAAUGCGGUUCCCUGGCCAGCUGAUUCCCCGUUCAACCAAGGCAAUCUUUAUGACCCAUAUAUCUGCAGCAGGGGAAAGUGAUUCUGCAGAAAAUGACUCCUGUGAUUCACCACUAGAACCGAAUAGUCCUCUAUAUGGAUUUGCAGAGAGAGUGGAUCCUGACAGUGCUGAAAAGGACGAGAGCCUUCAGUUCCGCGGAAGAUUUGACGUUGCCUCAAAUGUAGCAGGUCCUUCGUUGCGAAACAUGAUGUUGCGACCUACAGCUGCUUUUGAUAGAAGAAUGAGUUUAUCACAUAGUGAACCCAACAUUCCAUCAAAUUUUUGGCGGCGUAGCCGGAGAAAGGCCAUUGCUGAACAGCGGACUGCUAGUUCGAGUCCAGAACAUCCUUCCCUGCGGGCACGCGGGCGGUCCAUGCUUGGUGGUGAUAGGAAGUCUUUUAGAGAUUAUGCUGAUGACAUGCCUAAAUCAAGUUAUAGGUCUGAUGGUGCAUCGACAUCAGAAGCGCGUAGAUUAAGAAGAAGAAGCAUUAGCAUUACUCCUGAGAUUGGUGAUGACAUCGUAAGGGCUGUACGUGCGAUGAAUGAAACAUUGAAGCAAAAUCGUCUCUUAAGAGAGCAGGGAGACGAGGGGUCAUUCUGCCACUCUUCAAAUGAUAGGAAUAAUCUUCAGAAUAAUGGCCAAAUCAGUACUCAGAAAGCAAUAUCAUUACCUUCAUCGCCGCAUCAGUAUAGGAGCCAAACAUCUGAGAGGGGCGGAGCUUCAGAAUUCACGAGAAGUGCGGAACUGCUCUCAACAUGGAACAGAAUUCUUGAAUCCGCCACAUUUGAUAACAAACCUCUUUUGCCUUACCAAGAAUGGAACAUUGAUUUCUCAGAACUGAUUGUUGGAACCCGUGUCGGAAUAGGGUUCUUCGGAGAAGUCUUUCGUGGCAUCUGGAAUGGUACUGAUGUUGCUAUUAAGGUUUUUCUAGAGCAAGAUCUUACUCCUGAGAACAUGGAAGACUUUUGCAAUGAGAUAUCCAUUCUUAGCCGCAUUCGGCAUCCGAAUGUCAUUUUAUUUCUGGGUGCAUGCACAAAGCCUCCACGCUUGUCGAUGGUUACAGAAUACAUGGAGAUGGGAUCCUUGUAUUAUCUGAUUCAUUUAAGCGGUCAGAAGAAGAAGCUUAGCUGGCGAAGGAAAUUAAAAAUGUUGCGCGAUAUAUGCAGGGGGUUGAUGUGCAUACACCGCAUGAAGAUAGUUCAUCGCGACCUAAAGAGUGCAAAUUGCCUAGUGAAUAAGCAUUGGACUGUGAAGAUUUGUGAUUUUGGGCUCUCAAGAAUGAUGACUGAGGCAAAUAUGAAGGACUCAUCUUCUGCAGGAACUCCUGAAUGGAUGGCACCUGAGCUUAUCAGAAAUGAACCCUUCACAGAAAAGUGUGAUAUAUUCAGCUUUGGGGUGAUUAUGUGGGAGCUCUGCACUCUAAGUAGACCUUGGGAAGGUGUACCACCGGAGAGGGUUGUUUACGCUGUUGCCAAUGAGGGUUCACGGUUAGAAAUUCCGGAUAAUCCACUGGGCAGGCUUAUCUCAGAUUGUUGGACAGAGCCACAUUUACGACCAACCUGUGAUGAGAUAUUAUCGCGCUUGGUAGACUGCGAAUACUCGCUUUGCUGAUAGUCUUGUUUCUUUAUGUAUAGAAAACAUGGUAGAGGUGUUGCAUUGUAUUCUCUCGGCUUAAGGUGUAUCCUGUUUACUUCAAUCAUUGUAAAAUUUUAAGUUUGAUGUUUUUUGUUU